UUGCUCUGCAGGUGUUGAGAUUCUUGCGAGAGCGCCGUCACCAUCUUCUAUAGAUGGAGUGUUGCACGUUGAGGGGAAGACCCUGGCUGGUGGUGGACAGCUGCUGCUGCUGUUCACUCAAGAGAGGAGUCUAUAUCAUCGCCUCCCUUGAGAUACUUGCUUGCUUCGUCUCCAUAAUUCUGUUAUUGGUUCAUAUGAAGUUUCCAGAUAUGGUGGGAAGAAUCUUGGAGUUACUGGCUCAUAUCGUCAUCACUUCCAUUCUUAUCUACGGAGUUAAAAAGAGUCGUCGCCAUCUGGUGAUGGGAUGGCUGUGGAUGAGGAGUGUGAUGUUGAUGACUGAUCUCAGCGUGUUUGCCAUCGACUCCAUCCUCAUCUUUCACACGUGGCCUCUCUUUGCCAUCAUCAGUGUUGUGUUUGUGGGCUUGUGUUGCGCCAUGGUCGUCGUCCGCUCUUACGCUCUCACUAUGACGGCGACUGAGGAGGACGAAGUGAAUCUUCAAGCCGUGACCACCACCACUACUCACACCCGCCUCCACGACACUGAUGACCUGGUCUGACCUGUCACCACCACUACCACCACACGUCACCAACACCACCUCAAGUCACCACCAACACUACCACACAUCUGUAGCACAUAGACGACUUGGUCUGGUCAUCUCCCAACCAUUUAAAAAUAAAGUCUACUUUAUAUUCAAAGUUAAUUGUUUUAAUUCAGUGUUUGCUUCAAGGGACCUUUUUUUUUUAUUGGUCAGUGUCAUUCAUUCUGUGAAUGAAAACACUACCAUAAUGACAGUAAUUUCCUUCCAAAUAUUUGGCUCUUGCUAUUCUCAGGAAUUACUUCCUUUACAGAUUCUUAUCAAUAUUAUCAAUAGAAAAUUGUAUAUGCUUUUUAGACGGCAAACUUUCAACACGCUCAGAUAGUCCAUAUAUAUUAGUGGAAGUAAAUAGAUAUUGCUGAAUUUCCAAAAUAUGGCGGUUGGUUUAUUGGAAGAAGAGACAUAAAACGGCUGUAAAUAAACUGCACAUCACCAUUAAAGAUAAUUGAAAUCUUAAAAUAGGUAUUAAAACAAACUGUGGGCGUAUAUACACAGCGGUAUAGACACCUCUCGCUGUAUCUAACUUUGCAAAAAUAUUCCAGUGUAUGUUGUAAUUCUUUUUUCCCGUUAUUGUACUUGCUAUACGUAAUCACGAUGUAUUCGCCUGUAUGUUCUUCACAUUCAUGUCUUGUCCCUUGUAUGUUUUUGUUAACUGUGUAGUUUAUUAAUAAAAUAUAAAAAAAUA